AGAGAGAGAGAGAGAGAGAGCGCUUCUCAGCCGUCAUGAUGGCGUCUCACCGAGUCGGGAUGGGGUUUUUCCGCCGCCUCCUGUGUCGGAAUUCAGCAGGCGACGUUACGUGUGGGAUUUGUGCGAAGACGCGACGCUACGUGUAGGCGAAGACGAUGAAGGACGAGGAGAAAAGCGCCGAGCGAAAAAGCGGCGCCGGUGUGGUGGAGGGCCGGAGCGGCACGGGGACGUGGACGAGCCCGAGCCCGGGGCUCCAGGAAGCGGCGGCGAGCCGAGGAGGAGGCGCAGGAGGCGGAGGAGGAGGACGGAGCUCGGCUGCUCCCGCUCCUGCUCCUGCAGGGAUCCGGGUUUUAAAGCGUAACAUGAAGCGGAACGGCAGCCGGGCCUGUGUGACCAGGAAGUCUCGCUUCGGCUCCCGUGAGAGGGACUGGCUGAAGGGUGACGCCCAGCGCGGGUGUGUGUGUCUGUACGGAGCCACCGAGGUCGUAACCCCGGGACCCCAGACCUCGUCCACGACCCAGCCCGACCUCAGACUGGUGCUCUGCUCCACCAGUACCACGGCGGAGGAGCUGUGUGCCCAGCGUCACGGCCAGGGCCUUUACCUGCAACUGCAUGGAGACCUGAUCAGGAGGCUGGAUUCGUCUGAGCGUCCUCUUCAGAUGGUGUACGAUUAUCUGACCACUAUGGGCUACGACGAUCCUGUGCGUGUCCAGCAUGAAGCGGCGAACUCCGACCUCAGCUGCAUGAUUCGCUUCUACACCGAGCGACCGGCAAACACUGACCAGCAGGACCGGACCCUCCUGAAGGGCGUGUUCAACGUGCGCAAGGGCAAGACGCAGCUUCACAAGUGGGCGGAGCGACAGGUGAUCCUGUGCGGCACGUGUCUCAUCGUGGCGUCCGUGAAGGACAGUCUGACGGGGAAGAUGCACAUCCUGCCUCUGGUCGGGGGGAAGGUGGAGGAAAUGAAGAGGAGGCAGCACUGCCUGAUGUUCAGCUCGGCCGGACCUCAGGCUCACACCUACUACGUUAACUUCGACACGCUGGCCGAGUAUCAGCGCUGGCAUCGGCAGGCCUCGAAAGUGGUAUCUCAGACCAUCAGCUUGGUGGAUUUGUCCUGCUACAGCCUGGAGGAGGUUCCUGAAUAUCUCUUCUACGGCCAAGACGUCACACACCUCAACCUGCGCCACAACUUCAUCAGUCUCGAGGGUCCUGGAGGUCUUUGCAACUUUAACAGGUUCACUCAGCUCAAGAGUCUCAACCUGUCUCACAACCGACUAGGCGUGUUCCCCGAGGCCGUGUGUGAAAUCCCGACUCUAUCCGAGCUCAACCUGUCCUGUAACGGUCUCGGCUCCGUGCCCGCCCGGAUCGGCAACCUCCAGAGCUUGCAGACUCUCUCUCUGGAUGGGAAUCACUUGAGCUCUCUGCCUGAUGAGCUGGGGGAUCUGGUGCAGCUCUGCAGUCUCGGGCUCUCCUUCAACACGUUCCCUCACAUCCCCGCCGUGCUGGAGAGGCUCAGCGCUGUGGACCGGCUGCUCAUGGCCGGGAACCGAGUCGAAGCCUUGGAGCUCUGCAGCCUGCUGAGGAUGAGUCACGUCAAGAACAUCGAUUUACGACUAAACGGGCUCCGCAGUGUGAGAAGUGAGACUCUGGAGCCCAUAAAGCAGCUCAUCCAGCUGGACCUGAGGGACAACCGGCUGACCGAACUGAACCUGUGCGCGACCUGUAACCUGGACACUCUGCACUGCGAGCGCAACCAGCUGGAGGCGCUCACGCUCAGCGGCUUCACGCUACGUAGCCUGUACGCCAACAAUAACCGUUUAUCUACAAUCAGCAUCUAUCCAGUUCCUAAUCAGCUGACGCACAUGGACGUGUCCUGGAAUGUUCUGGAAUGCCUGCCCGACUGGGUGUGUGACAGCAGAAAGCUCGAGGUGCUGGACGUCUCCCACAAUCUUCUGCUGGAGCUCCCGGCCAGACUGCUCAGUGGUCUGAGUCUGAGGAAGCUGCUGGUUGGCAGUAACGCGUUACAGUGUGUUCCUGAUUUACUCGAUCACAUCCCUCUGGAAACCCUCGACCUGCAGCACAACAAACUCACUGAGCUCCCGGAGAACUUCUUCUCCAAGGCCUUAAAUUUAAAAUACCUGAACAUAUCCGCCAAUGCGCUGGAGACAAUCCCGCCGAGUAGCCAAACCGAGGAGAGCCUCAGCACCCUGCAGGAGCUCUACCUCACCGGGAACAACCUGAACGAGAACUGCGCCGCCCUGCUGGUGGGACACCAGAAUCUGCGGGUUUUGCACGUGGCCUAUAACCAGUUGCUGUCAUUCCCUGCCAGUAAGCUGAGCAAGCUGGAGCUGCUGGAGGAACUGAAUGUGAGCGGUAACAAGAUGAAGACCGUCCCCUCCACCGUGUCCAGCUGUAAGAGACUUCACACCCUCAUCUCACACUCCAACCACAUCAGCGUCUUCCCCGAAGUCCUCAACCUGCCCGAGAUAAAGCUGGUGGACGUGAGCUGUAAUGAGCUCACCGAGAUCCUGCUGCCCGAUUCUGUCCCGGCCACGCUGCAGGAACUCGACCUGAGUGGGAACAGCAGCCUGAUGCUGGAACACAAAACCCUCAACCUGUUCAGUCAUAUAACUACUUUGAAGCUGGACCAGAAGCCGUCUCUGACCGCGGCGGACUCGCAGGGCCCGUGCGUACUUUGGGAUCACGGCUACGCCGAGAUGAGCGGCCAGAGGAACAAGCUGUGUGUGUCCGUGCUGGCCAUGGAUCGAUUCGGGGACAGCGUGGAAGCGGUUUACGGGAUUUUCGACGGCGACCGGAAUGAGGAAGUGCCGCGGUUGCUGCAGUGCACCAUGGGAGACGUGCUGGCUGAAGAGCUCCAGCACAGCAGCGUGGACAGCGUGUACAUGUGCAACACGUUCCUCACCUCACACAGAAAGCUGGGGAUGGCGGGGCAGAAGCUCGGGGCGUCGGCUCUCCUCUGCUACAUUCACCACGAGUCCUCUGAGUCGAGCAGCUACUUCAGCCUGACCGUGGCCAAUGUAGGAACCUGCCAGGCUUUGCUGUGCCGCGAAGGCCAACCGCUGGCCUUGUCCAAAGUCCUUAGCCUGGAGCAGAGUGCUGAAGAGAUGGAGAGGGUCAAAACGGCCAAGGCAAUUAUCACUGAGGAUAACAAGGUGAGUGGUGUUACAUGCUGCUCUCGGCUGUUGGGAUGCUCCUAUCUGUUCCCCUGUGUCCUUCCUAAGCCCUGGGUACGAACUGAACCGCUUUGCGCUCAGGAUGAGUUCCUAAUCUUGGGCAACAGGGCACUUUUCCAAUAUCUGUCUUACCAAGAGGCAGUAACUACUGUGCUGGCUGUCCGAGACCCUCGAGCCGCUGCCAAAAAGCUUUGCACGCUUGCCCAGAGUUAUGGGUGCAAGGACAAUGUCGGUGCAGUAGUUGUAGCUCUGCGCAUUGGCGAGGAUAGUUGUACUUGUGAGCCUAUGCUCUCCACAGAGGUCCGAGGACCCCCCAUACCAAACCCCAUUCCCAUAUCUGUGCCACCUCUUGACCCGGCCACUCCUUCUUCAAGUAGUGGCAUCGCCUCAGAGUUCAACAGCGAGACCUCUGCGUCUGAGGUGGGAAGUGAGGCUGGAUCCACGGCGUCUGAUGAACACACUUCUUCGGGUCCAAAUGCACGACAUGAACGCCGCUGCAGCUUGCACCCAGCUGCCACGAUUUGCAACACUGGAGGUCCUGGAAGUCUAGGGGUUGGAACUCAUCCUGCUCUGUUCCAGCGCCAACCAUCCUCCGCGACAUUUUCCAGCAACCAGUCUGACAAUGGUCUAGACAGCGACGAUGAGGCUCCACUGGAGGGCGUCAUUUCCAAUGGGAGUAAGUUGGAAGUCGAGGUGGACAUCCACUGCUGUGCUUUCCAGCUUCGCUCUGGGCGUCCGGAAAGCCCCAAGGAACUAGAUAUCCGCGGCACCAACUACACCAACAGCAAGAUGCGCCGUCAGAACAGUGUGGUGGUGUCAACCGCUAACGGCUGUCUUCUUGCUGUCUGUGGCCGAGAGAUCUCGGACCUCAAGAAAUCUCCCUCUACGUCCAGUCUGUUUGGGAAGAAGCUCUCUAAUGGUUCUGUUGUGGCACUUGAGGACAGUCAUAACAUCAUUGAGGUAGCACUCGAAGCACCGAAGAAGAAGUCUGGUUACUUUGCAGCACCUGCCCAACAAGAUCCUGAGGAUCAGUUAAUCAUACCUCCCAGUCUUGAACAAGAUGUUCGGGAGCAGCUGAGGGGCCAAAGUCCUGUGGUUUCUGGCCCUCCGCCACCCUUACCACCUCCCACAAGCAGAGGUUCAAACUGGGAUCACCCUCACCCUGGUCUCCCUCCUGCUACCUUUCAACAGGAGGUCUACGACACUGCUCUGUAGUGGGUACUACCCGCGGUGACCUAGUGCCAUAUUGUGGAGGUGGAUGUGGUUCAUUUUGCUUUGAUUUUUAUUUUCCAGUUCUUAUUCAGCUCUGACAUUGUGUGAAGACCUGCAUGUGCUAUGUGGUGACAUCCCACUUACCUGGAGCGGUCUCUGGUAAACCUAAGAAGUGGACAGUAUUGACAAAAAGUGCACAAAUUUCAAGAACAGUAAAACAAAAUCUUGAUAGUUGGCUGACUAGCAAAAACCACAUGAACUAAAAUACCUCAUACACGACCUUGCAUAACUAACGAGCUACAUAGCCCUUUAUGAUAUCAUUUGGCAGAAAGGUUCUUUGGGCUUAAACCAUGACCAAAAGGUAAGAAAAGUGCCUAUUGCAGAUGGUUCCGGCUCUCCAGCACCUCCAUUGGUCUGGUGCGCUUUCACUGUUACCGAGAAAUGCCAAUUUGUUUUUCCUGCCUAAAACUACUCGAUCAUUUUUAGUUGACGUAAAAAGCUGAAGUAUGAUUGGGAAAGCUCAGCUUUCUUCAUCCUGUCUGGUGGAGUGCAAAUUGCAGAACAAACUUCUAAAGCCAUGGGAAGGAUGGCACACACUGUUUGGCUUCCUCCAGCCUUUCUGGAACCUUCUGCACAAAAUAUGCACCGCACACCACAUCCUGUUGUGGUGGACAUCGGUAAUAGAGGUGGUUCUCACCAAAACUGUGACUGAGAGGAGGAACUAGACCAAACUUGAUAUCUCAUAUCAUUUCAUGAUGCAUCUAAGAUGCAGUUGCAGUCUCGGCCAAUCAGAAAGAGACAGUUAUUAAACGUAACUGGUUGAAAUCACGACUUAAUUGUGAGUUAUUAGGACUACUUGAAGCGUGCCAUUAGAGACUGAAUUAUCAAAGCACUCAUGCCUAAAGCUUUUGAGGCUUAAAUACUGUACAUACUUGGUCUUUGCACUAAAAGUGCUGCAAAGUAACUGGUACUGAUAGAGCAUGAAUGGGGUAUUUUUCAUCCUAUAUCUGAACCGCUAAGCUAAUUAACUGCGAAAAAACUACAUUAUAUCCAUAUGUUCUCCUGAGUGUGUUUAUGUCUGUGCGCAACACCUGAUUUCACCUGAUUUAUGAUGUGAUCGUUCUUGCCCCAUACCUUGAUAUGGGUUGUUUUUUUUUUUAAAAAGAAAAUGACGAUGAAUGAAUGCAGAGGAUGCCUUCACAGUGUGAUUAAGCUUUGUGUGAAUGUAACAUGCACUUAUUUGUUAUAUCUCGAGUUAUAUAUACGAUUUACACUAGGGUUUCUCAAGGACCAGAUGUGAUCGCUGAUGAGAAUACACGAUUGGAGACAGUCGUUCAAAAAGCGCAAACGAGGCCACACCCACAGAAUGUGUCCAAAUUUCCUGGAGGAGUAACGCCUUCAGAAUGGACAUUUAACUGAACCGUUUUCACGUCGUACUUGGCGACGUUUCAGCCUUCCUGGUAUAUAUCCUUGGUACCGAGGGCUGUAAGAAGGCUCGCCGUUUUAAUGAGGUUCUCUUUGGAGAUGAAUAUGUGUCGUAGUUAAUAUUUUUUACAAUGCUGAAUAUGCACAACGUCUGAGUCUGAGGUAAGAAAUGAAAAACAAAACCAUCUGUCCUCAUAAAUAGUUAUAACCGUGAUGGUACCGUUGUCAGUCCCCUGUCAGUCCUUACACUGAUGUCUGCUUAGAAAUUUGUUUGUUUACCCUUACGAUCCCACCCACCUUCUCAAUCAAACGUUCUCGCUAGAGAUCACAUCUGACCUUUAAGAAUAAUCCAGUAGGGAAAACUUAAAACACUGUUAAGAACUUUGUUGAAUACGACAUGCACACAGGUGGGGCUUUGGGUCGGAGGAAGUAACCAGAUAUGGUGUUUUUAUUUUAUUUAGUAAUCACUUAAGCACUUAAUCCUUCGUGGAAAGAAAUGCAGAAAAAAAGAAAGUAUUGAAGACUAAUAACUGGGAAGACGUAAGACGUCCUUGCUGGCAUUGUGUCACAUGUCAAACUGUCAUACAUGCUGUAAUUGUUAUAUUUGGCACUGAAUGCAGAGGUGGCAACAUUUAUGCAUUUGCUAUUUUUGAUCCAUUGCUACAGGGAUAUGGGAGACGCUAGAAAACAUUUUUAAAAAAUUAUUAUUUUUUUUUUUGCUAAACGUGAAUAAAAUUCACCUGACAGAAAAGAAACUUCACCGAAAGGGAAAGGACGCAGGAUGUAAAUGGCCGUUUGUUUUUGAUUAGUGUUUACUUUUGCUUCAAGUUGAAUUUAUCUCCGUGAACUCGGUGGCAUGUGAAUUUGCGAAACUCAGACUUACGAGCCAGUAGUAAACAAAUGGGGUGUAUUAGUCUUGUUAGCAAUGUUGGCACCUCUGCUGAAUGUGACGUUCCACUGUUUCCCAAAAAAAACACCCCAAACAAACCCACACCGGAGUCAUCUGGAGGUCAAGACUCUGUCUUUAACUUCUUACUUCUUACUCAGUGGUCAUUUAUUCACUAAUCACUUUGCUCACUGAAACAGUCAAAAAAAAUAUCCUGAAUUAUAGAUUUUCAGAUUUAUUUUUUUUUGGAUGUGGGUCAGAUUUAAAAAAACAAAACAUAGGACAAUCAGAACGCUUAGAAAAGGUUAGAAAAAAAUCCCCUGCCUGUAAAUGCAGUUCCAUCCAUCCAUCCAUCUUCUAUACCGCUUAAUCCUUUUCAGGGUCACGGGGAACCUGGAGUCUAUCCCAGGGAGCAUGGGGCACAAGGCGGGGUACACCCUGGACAGGGUGCCAAUCCAUCGCAGGGCACAAUCACAUACACACUCACACACCCAUUCAUACACUACGGACACUUUAGACACGCCGAUCAGCCUACCGUGCAUGUGUUUGGACUGGGGGAGGAAACCGGAGUACCCGGAGGAAACCCCCACAGCACGGGGAGAACAUGCAAACUCCGCACACACACGGCCACGGUGGGAAUCAAACCCCCGACCCUGGAGGUGUGAGGCGAACAUGCUAACCGCUAAGCCACCGUGCGUGUAAAUGCAGUUAAAAUGUUACAUUUUUUUUUUCCUUUUCAUUUUGAAAGCUGUAUUACAAUUACGAUUUAUAAGCAAAUUUUUAUGGUCUAGGUUUAUUCAUCAUUCUCGUGCCAACACACACACAAACUUCUUCUUUUAGGCUGCUUUCCCAAACACUUGGUGUUUUUUCUCAACCAGCGCAUGUUUUACAUGCAAAUGGCCACUUUUAAAAAUUGCUGCCAGGUUUUUUUACUCCACAGCGUGAAAACGUCCGAAGAUGGGAGAAAAAGUUUUGUUUUUUCAGAAAAUUGCCGAGCGACUAAACCAAUCACGUCCCACGUUGCGCUUGAGCGAGAAAAACAAACAUGGAGGACAAAGUAGUGAAUAAUGAGUGAAUACGAGGAGGUUUACGACAUGUCAAAUCGAAAAUAUUUCCACGAUUCAAAAUUUGCGAUUUAACUAAAGAUAACGUGUCUGUUUUCACUGUUAAGUCGCACAAACUCUUGUGAUUUUCUGCUUCCAAAGCCACAGCGUAGACAAACAGCUUCCUCAUUACCCAUCUUUAUUGCGUCUGCAUUACUGAGAAUAAUAAUAGCGCGUUCGAGUCACGUCGGAAAGAUCAUAUUUAUGAGCCGAACGCACACGAACGCCACCACAAAGUCGUAAUUACGAGUGGGAAACUCUGGAUUUUCUUUGCGAGUUUCCGAGUGGAGGUCACCGGUAAGAAAACAUGGCGGAAUCAGUGGAUGCAACGUCUGUAGUUGAUGGUAAAUUUGAUCAAACUGAAUGUUUUCUCGCCUCAGAAGCUGAUUUCAGUUAUUCCCCUGGGAUACGGUGCAAGUUAAAUGUCAGGCUUUUUUAUUGACAAUAAAACAAGCUAAUUUCCGUCACAAAAUACGAUAGAAUUACCAAAUUACAAUUACCAAAUAAUAUGCAACGAUAAAGUUUACACUGGCUUUAUACAUUUAUUAAAAACAUUUAAAAAACUCGAUGAUUUUUUUUUUUUUUAACCAGACAGUUAGAAUAAAUGACCACUGAUUAAUAUAUUACUUUUAUUCAUGUUUAAACUACAUAAAAAGAAAAACAGGAGCAGUGAUUGAGAGUAAAAAAGUCUUCAAUUUGAUAACGUCGCUACGAUCGUCUCAUUUGCAAGCCGUGUUAACGUCAGAAGUAUUUUAUUCAACCUGGAGGAUUCAGUAUGCUUUUAUUUUAUUUGCCUGCCUGUAAGUAAUUCAUUAACAAUAUUCAAACACAAGACGGUAAGAUUGCUGAUGUAUUAUGCGUAUUAUGGUUUGUUUUUGUUGUUGUUGUUUUGUUUUUUUUUUUUUAAAAAAGUUUUACCUUGAAUGUAUAUUUUAUAUCAUCUUCCAAAUGAAGGCGUGUUCUGGACAGACAGCCAUUUUGAAAGAUGUUCGCUUGUUUGCCAUGUGACCAAAGUUCAAUCUCACUAUUAUUUCUGUACAUUUAUCCUUUUUCAUUUUUUUUCUUCUUUUUUUUUUUUCUAGAGACACUUAUAUUUUCUCUCAAUGCCAAGAAGCUGAGGUUUAUUUUUAUACGUCAUUGAUUCGUGCAGAUUUAUUGGUCUUUCAGUACAGAAUCGAGAAUUUGCAGUCACUCCCAUCGAAAUGUUUUACUUGACACAAAUUAUUAAAUGUAUUAAAUGUCAGAAGCAUGCCCUAUAUCAAUAACUACAUAUAAUUAAAGAUAUAAAUAUAUAUGGACCGGUUACUUUGUACAAAAACAACCUAUCUGUUUAUAAGAAUUGUUUUAAAUAUCCAAAGCCUAAUGUAUAUGAUAUUUUUAUGUUUUGGGUCUUUUUUUUUUUUUUUUUUUUUUUUUAAGCAUGCAGAAAUCUGCUGAAUAGUUUAUGUUCUAUAUUUAAUGUAAUGAGUUCUAAAGGAAAAAAUUGUUGUUCUGUUGAUUUAAGAGAAGGAUUAACGCAAGCACUUUUGCUGUUUGUCAGCUAGACUUUAAACCUCUUCGGAUUUCGAGGGUGGGUGAUGGUUCAUUAUUUCAUUUGAGAUGCUGCUAUGACUAGUUUGGAGCAGAAAAGCUGUAUUUUUAAUUACUUUUUCAGCCAAGUAGCAAUAAAAAUUUAUACUGUG